GUGUGAUUUAAAAGGCAGGCCCCUGACUUUUAAUUUGAAAACCGGACAUGUAGUUGGUAGCUCGUCUAGCUUGACCAUUUACUUCAACUCAAAUUCAAGAAUCCUAGAGGUAAACUUUAAUCCAGUUUGUUCACAUUCCGCGGUUGGGUUAUAUAUAUAUAUAUUUAUAUGGAUGUUAGGCAGCUGUUAGAGAAACUAUCUAACAUUGCAGGGGAUUAGGCGAAGUAUGCGUGUUUAAUUCAGUAUCCGAAGUAACGGUCUGCGGCUUUUUGAUUUGACCUAGUUGUGUUGUCUCUGUGCAGGUUUAGGUAAAUGAGCUAACUAAUCCGAAGAGAUAUCUGUUGGAUAAUCCGAGUUUGCUAAUCCUUUCACACUCCUCCGGCACGCAGUUAAAGAGAGCAGCUGAAGGGGUGUUGGUGUAAUAGAGAGAGAGAGUCACUUAAUAGAGGUUCCGCCUAAGCGGGCGGCUGGGAGGGCGAUGUAAACUUCGGGACGUAAACUUCGAAAGUAUGUAGGGCAGUCAUAAAGACGUGGAUGCGGAAACGCGACGAGGCUGGUGAAAGUGAAAUCCUCACUUGUGCCAGCGUUGUAGCUCCGGCCGCGUUGAGCGUUGCCACCCAGGGCAUGAAACCUCGACCCCGCCGUGGAAAGGAAACGACGCGAUGGCAGCAUGCGGAAGGAGGACUCGACCCAAGUUGCUGUUUUUCCUCUUUGCUGCCACUUUGGUGGGCUACCUCAUAUUUUCCAAGCACAACUCCGGGGAAGUGAGCGAGGCGAGCCGGCGGGACGCCCCCGGACGGAGCGAGCUGGACUACGAGCAGCUCAAGAAGCCCGUCUACGAGAAGCCCCCCCUGGAUAUGAACGCCCCGGGAGAAAUGGGGAGAGCCGUGAAGCUGAACCUGAACGGAGAGGAGAAACGCAAAGAAGAGGAGGCUCUGAACGCGCACCAGGUCAACAUUUAUGUCAGUGAUAAGCUGUCUCUUCACCGCAGGCUGCCAGAGAGAUGGAACCCGCUCUGCAAAGAGCUGAAGUAUGACUACAGGUCCUUACCAACCACCUCCGUGGUCAUCGCCUUCUACAACGAGGCCUGGUCCACCCUGCUGAGGACGGUGCACAGCGUGCUGGAGACCUCGCCUGACAUCCUCCUGAAGGAGGUGGUGCUGGUGGACGACUACAGUGACAGAGCUCACUUGAAGGAGCCACUGGAAACGUACAUCUCGGGUUUGAGGAAGGUGCGUCUGAUCCGAGCCACGAAGAGGGAGGGUUUGGUGCGAGCUCGGCUGCUGGGGGCGUCCAUCGCCACGGGCGACGUGCUGACCUUCCUGGAUUGCCAUUGCGAGUGUCACGAAGGCUGGCUGGAGCCGCUGCUCCACAGGAUCAAAGAGGAGCCGACGGCUGUGGUGUGCCCUGUCAUCGACGUGAUAGACUGGAACACCUUCCAGUAUUUAGGCAACUCCGGGGAGCCUCAGAUUGGGGGGUUCGACUGGCGGUUGGUCUUUACCUGGCAUGCCGUGCCAGAUUAUGAGCAGAAACGCCGGCGCUCGCCCACUGAUGUCAUCAGGUCUCCUACUAUGGCAGGAGGCCUGUUUUCUGUAAGCAAGAACUACUUCCAUUACCUGGGGACAUAUGACACGGGGAUGGAGGUGUGGGGAGGAGAGAACCUUGAGUUUUCCUUCAGGAUCUGGCAGUGCGGGGGCAGCCUGGAGGUCCACCCGUGCUCGCACGUGGGCCACGUGUUCCCCAAGAAGGCCCCGUACUCGCGGAGCAAAGCGCUGGCGAACAGCGUGAGAGCGGCCGAGGUCUGGAUGGACGAAUUCAAAGAGAUCUACUACCAUCGGAGCCCCCACGCACGGCUGGAGGCCUUCGGAGACGUGACGGAGCGGAAGAAGCUCAGAGAGAAGCUGGGCUGUAAGAACUUCAAGUGGUAUCUGGACAACAUUUACCCCGAUAUUUCCGUCCCACAAGAUCGUCCGGGCAUGUUCGGAAUGCUGAAGAACCGGGGCAAGGCUAACUACUGUUUUGACUACAACCCUAAAGACGACCAUAACAUGUUUGGCGAGAGAGUCAUCCUCUACCCGUGUCAUGGCAUGGGUCAGAACCAGUUCUUCGAAUACUCCGUGGAUGGUGAGAUCUGUUUCAACACGAGGGAUCCUGCUGGGUGUGUCGUUGGAGACAGCAUCAGUACAUACCUGACUAUCCAGCCUUGCAAAAAACGAGGACAGCCUGUACCCGCAGACCAGAAGUUUGUCCUCCGAGAGGACGGGAGUCUGUACCACGCCCUGAGCCAGAGGUGCGUUCAGGCGGUGGACAAGACGGACAACGGGAUGCCGGCCCCUUCGCUCCAGCCCUGUUCUAACAGCCCCCACCAAAAGUGGUUCUUUGAGGAGAGAAGUUUAUAGGACGAGCCUGGUGAAGUCUGUUCACUUCACUCCCUGGGGCGAGGGAUAUAGGUGGAUUUCAUUUGAGAAGGAUGUUUGAUAUUGCCUUGCCCCUGUAAGGAGCCCGGUGGAGGAUGCCUCUGUGCUUCCUUUCUUUUAAACUUUUGCACAUUUUUGUGCCAGCUGGAUGUCAUGAACCAGUAGGAUGCUUAGGGUGCAGUUAGCGCUUAUUUUCUAAAAUUGUCCAGAUACAUGUUGCUGGGAGACUGAGACCAUCAAGAGUAUGCAUUUUUUAUUUUUUUUUUUAGCCAAGGAGAUGUUUGAGAAUUCCUGCUGCACGUGCUGGCAUUUUUCUUAUUUUUCAUUUAACCAGCUGGAGAUCAGUCCAGCUGCUUUGCUUUAUCCAAACAGGGAUGAAGAGACAAAAAUACCAACUGCUUAGUAAAUCUGAACGAAACUGGAAGCCUAGUGGCCGGCAUUGCAGCAAAUCCCAGAGCCACGUCACGAGGCGCCAUGUAACAUCCCCACCUUCUCCUGUAGAGGGGGCCAGCGCUCCUCUCUGCACUCUCCGUUCUCUCCUCAUAUCUUGUCAAGAGGAAGUGGGACAAAUUCAGGUAUUUUAUUAAGAACCUUUUCAGGACAUGAUGAGUGCUUGCUACUCCUACAUACCAGUAGGCUCAGAAAAAAAAAAAAAAGCCAUACAUCACAGGCAUUAUGCAAGUACCUCUUCAGCUUAAUCACCUAACUACUGACAUCAGGAGAGACUCCGGUCUCGUCCUGUUCUGCUUUCAGCGAAGUCAUUUUGCAGUUAAACGGAGGUAGAGCGGCUAUUGUCAUUUUCAUUUGCCGCCUUCUUUUAAGUCAUUUCCUUUUUCCAGUGUAGUGCAAAUCUCUGAAUGAGACUCAGCUUGAAAAAAAACUAAUUCAUAGCCAUAUUUUUACGAAAACGUUGUCAAACACGCUGGUUUUAAAUCGUGUAUUUAACAGAGGAAACUAGCUGCUGUGUUGUUUUAGCACUCCACUCCAGUUCUCAACCUUUUGGGUUAUGUGGGUUUUAUUCUCUUAAAGCUGUUAAGUACAAGUGCAUGGGCACUGAAGUCAGCUCUUGGAGCCCAUAGAAAGUGCCUGAUGUUUAAAAAAAAUACUACUUAUAAUAUAAUUUUAAGAUUGUGAAGGACGCUCUUACUGAAUGAAUAUUUUUGUCCUGUUAUAAAACGGAAAGGUUGGUACGGUCUCAGUGGGUCGCGCUGAUUUGCGCACUCUGCCGCUUUUUUGUGUCCAUCCAUCAAACUACUAUAGAUCCCUCCGAACUGGAGGUCUGGCCACUAGUGUGUCUCUCCCUCAGGCUAUCCGGAGAGACCAAGGCAGGCACAGCGGAGGAGUAGACAGCUCCCUGCGUCUCCAGAGUGCUCGGAUGCCAGAUGGCUUCCUGAUUGAUUUCCUGGUCCUCUCCCAAUUCUUUAUCACCUCCUCUUCCUCUCUGUGUCAGAGGUGCGCCGACUUAUCUUUGGGCCUCGCGCCAGCCAAAUCCCCCUCAGACGAGCGCUCGCGCGGUUUGAGGUUUGAUUUAUGAACGGAAGUCAUCGGGAGUACAGUUUUUGACAGCACAAGGAGAUAAUGGAAGAGACUCUAUGAAGCAAUUUGUGACCUUUUCCUUACCAUUAACCUUCAUGGGCUGUUGGCCCAUUAGUCUCGAUGGAGUUCUGUAAAGAUUGGAUGUUAGGGGACGAUCGCGCUGAAAAGGACUUUUGUUAUUGAUUCUGAAUGUGUACUCGCAGGACAAUAAUUGAGAAAUAUUUUCCAUUGUCAUUGGGGAGAGAAAAAAGACACUAAACUCCAUUAUAACGGAAUCUUCAGUGCAUGGUGUGUUUUUCUAAAUAGGGAGAUACUAGCUAUAUAGAAAAAUAAGUGACAGACAUGCUGGAUAUGGACAAAUUUUUUUUAGUUUCCUAUUGUCCAUAAAGGAGUUUUCUUCGGAUUAGGGGUAAUACAUUAUGGUGCAGACAGUGCAAGAUGCAGUAAUAAGUUAAAUGAACGUUUGGAAGAUUAUGAUCAGCGUCACUAAAGGAGGGAUGAGGCAUCUGUUUGGAGGGUGGGGUGGGGGGGUUACUUCCCCAUAGAUAUAUAUAUAUAUACACGUAGAUGCCGCCUCCGCCGCCUCUGUCCAUUGGAACGAUGCGUCAACGCGGCCGCCGUCUCGGGCAGGGGGAAGACACGCGUCUGCUUUCAUUUGAGAGCCCCAACUUCAGCAGCGGGGGCCACAUGAAGUGUCUUUUGAUUGAACAAAAAGAUCAAUUGUCAAUCCUUCCAUUCCAGAAAUGAUUCCACUUAAAAACAUCACAUGUGACAACAUAUGUGACAGAUCAUACGCGGUGUCACUAGCAACAGCUGGUUAUGCAGGAAAAAACAGACUUAAAGCUUAGACUGUAAUUGGUCGGCUGGAAUACAGCAUCUCACACACCUGAUAAUUAUUAAUGAAAUAAUUAUUUUUGUCUUAUCAAUUUGAAGAACUGCAUCUGAACAAGGCUCGGUUUUGCUUAUGUAGUUACAAUUCAGACUUAUAACUUACAGUUAAUGUUAUAUGUAUACAUAUAAAACUGAUAGAUGAUGUAGGAAUAACAUGGCCUACUUAGUGCAAUUACAUACGGUGGCUGAUUUCUAAAUGCCACUUUCAUCAUCUUACUGACGUCUUGCUAACGAAAACAGCUUUUGUUUUCCUUAUCCUUACAUAAGCUAGUAAUAACAUACGGUAGUUUAAUUUAAGUUAGCUUAAGAGAUACAUCAAAUUCAGCACGUUCAGAACAGUUAAAUAACAUAAAGCAUCUUCUCACUUGUGAAACGGUUAUCCCCUGUUGCUUGGUUUUGGUGUUUCUUUCACGGGAACGUCCGUAAAGCAGCGCAAAAAUCUGUCAUUGUAGUCAGACAGCGGCCGGAAUGAGACAUCUAUGUGUAUAUAUAUCUACAUAACUUCCCCGCAUGACGUCAAGAAGGGGAAAAUCUCUGACACGCCUGUUUCGCUAAAAAGUGGAGCAAACCACUGAGGGAAGUGACAGAACUUUUUCACUUCUGGGGCCUCAUACGCAGCCUAUGGGGACACUUAUUACUGUUAAAAAAAAAAAAAAAACUUCAUAAAGUGAAUUGUGCAUAAUAUGGGCCCUUUAGGAAGAAUCUCUGAGAGUUUGCAUCCCUCCUCCCUUUACAUUCCCAGAGACUGUCGAUGCCUCGGCUCCCCAUGAAUUAAGACCUCUGUGUGCGUCACCCAUGAGAGAUCGAACUCACCAGGAUCAGGUGAAAUUGCCCCUUUAAUACAGUGCUCAUGCUUUAUGUAUCGAACACUUAGGAAGUGACAGCUUUUCCAUUUUCAUCAGUUUAUGCCUUCAGCCUGAGUGCAGUAUAAAUAUUCUAUCCUGUUAUUAACAAAGGGUUAUUUAUUGUGCCCCCGUGGCCAUCUGUUAUUCCCGCUGUGUCCUAAAUAGUAAAACAUCUUUACUGUGGCGUUUUUCUCUUUUUCUUUUUUUUUUUUUUUUCCUUUGUAUGCUAAUUUGAUCCGGUGCAGGCUGGAGCGAUAAAAUUGCUAUUUGCUAUAUCUGGUGCAGCGGGUCAUAGAAUUUUUACACGUCGACCAAACCUGCCGUAAAUGCGGAUUUUCCGCGGAUCUGUCGGAGCACUUGAACUCGUAAAAUGGCUGAUGGUGUUGUCACCUAAUCCUAAUGGAGCGUGCAGAGCUGUUGGAAUAUAGCAGCACAUAUCGUCUACUUGUAAUGAAAUGUCGCAGGGGAGAUAUUUCAAUUAUUUAAACGUGCACUAAUAAUGUAACGAUAUGCUGGAAUUCAACACUGUUGGAUGUGUUAAUGCCGUCAGCGACUCCAGUGGCCUUAUAUUGUAAUCAGGAAAGUGAAGAAUGUAGCUGACAUUAAAUAAAUAAAAUAAAAAAAUAAAAA